AAUGGAAUAACCCGUUGGCUGUGACAGGUAUUUGCUGUUAAGACGACAAACCAUGAAGUUUUAAGGCAUAGAAAAUCUACCCGACGUGUUAAAGCGCCAAAUGUUUAACAUGCAUUUUAAUUAAGUCUAAACAAGAAAUAUCUAAGACGUUACUUGCGCAAAUAGCCUUCCAUAAGAAGGAACCGCGCAAACACGUAAUUUGACCAAUCGCAUGUCGACAUUUAGUUCCGUAUUUUGGGACUUGUCAAGCUGUGAUUGGUUGAAACCAGCAGCAACCAUUGAAGGUGACUGAAUUUGUUGUUCAUCCUCUUAGUGUUCGCCGUUUAUGAAAACAGAGCCACAAAGAUGGAGUUAAUUCACGCUCUCCGCUUUUUUGUCAAAUCACUGCUGUUUCUGCUGCUGUGGUCAAACUGUGAAGGAAGAGAGUCGGAGCUCAACUAUGUGACCUGCGGCUCACUUGUCAAACUGCUCAACACUAGACACAACGUCCGCUUGCAUUCCCAUGAUGUCAAAUAUGGCUCAGGCAGUGGACAGCAGUCUGUCACUGGAGUGGAGAACGCAGAUGAUGCCAACAGUUAUUGGCAGAUUCGUGGGAAACCCAACCGUCCGUGUCAGCGCGGGGCGGCCAUCAGGUGUGGUCAGGCCAUCCGCAUCACACACAUGAAGACUGGCCGAAACCUCCAUACACACCACUUCAGCUCCCCCCUGUCUAAUAACCAGGAGGUCAGCGCCUUUGGAGAGAAUGGCGAGGGUGAUGAUCUGGACUUGUGGACGGUGCAGUGUGACGGUGUCUACUGGGAGCGUGAUGAGGCCGUGCGCUUCAAACACAUGGGCACUGACGUCUUCCUGAGCGUGACAGGCGAGCAGUACGGCCACCCUAUCCGCAGCCAGCGUGAGGUGCACGGCAUGAGUUCUCCCAACCAGCACAACUGGUGGCGCUCCAUGGAGGGUGUCUUCAUCCAGCCCAGCCAGGAGCCGCUGCGCCACGAUGAGCUCUGACAUCAUCACUAGGAGACACAAAGCAUGUGGAUUCCUGUUCCUGUGGUGGUUUUAUAGUUUGCCUGGACCAAAUGAUGUCAUGUGUGAAUGAUGUAGAAUAUUUGACUGAGGACUCUGUAGAUGUGAAGAACUCCUGAAGACCUUGUUACUAAGUAGACUGUAUUUAACCAACAAAUGUCAAGUUGUGCCAUAUAAGUUGUUAGGUGAGAGAGUAAGGUAUGACACAUGAACAGCAGGACAGACAGACAAAACAGGAAAUGGAGUAAGAGUGAAAAUAUCAGUUUAGACACAUGCAGACCUGACUAUUUAGAACUGGGUAUAAUAUUUACAUACUAACGUCAUCAUAUUAAAAGUUAACUUGCAGAUUUUUUCAAUAUGGGGAAUACAAGAUUUUUCUAAAAGUACUCAGUAGUGUCCACAUACCUUUGGUCAUAUAGUGUAACAUGAGCACCUGUAAUGCAAUCCAAUAGAACAGCCCAGUAAUAAAAUCUGUCUUUGUGAAGCUGCUAACAUUCUUUAAAAGCUUUACACAUUUAAGAUUAAUUAUAGCACUAGAUUGCAUUAUACUUUAAAAUGUUUUUUUAGCUUUUAUUAUUAUUAUCAUUAUUAUGGAAGUUAUUCCAUGUCAUGUUGCAUUGUGGCAUCACUGUAUUCAUUUUUGCAUACACUGCCAUCUACCAGUAUAAUUAUGGCCAGAUAAUGUUGAUGGGAACAUAUAAUAAUGCUCAUAAGUCAGUUUUGUAGUUCCUCCAUAUGGAGCUUUUGAUAAAAUCAACAAAUAGCAUUGUACUUAGUAUAGUACUUUUUCAUCUACAUCCAUCUACAUCAUCUCUAUUUUUUUCCAAUAAACAUUUUCUCAUGUAGACACCUACAGUAGCUAUACAUUAGUGUUACUUAAAGUUUGUGCAUGAUGGGUGCAGACAAAACUCUUUUAGAGGAUAUGCAAUAUUUUAUUAGCAUAGUUCUAUUUUUAAAGAUUUUAAAGAGUUUAAUAGAUUUUCCAGUCGCUGUUUGCAGUCUUCUGGAUUUUGCAUCAGUAAAAAAAUGUUUUGAGUUUAAAUUAGCUGAUUUAAAGCACGAGAUAGAAAACAGUAAAAACUUCCCGCAGUAGUAACCCUUUCAGCUGCCAGCUGCGCACUUUUUUGGUCCAGCAGUUGGUGACAUAUCACCAAGAUACAAAUAAAUUUUUGGCGCAAUCCCCUUGUUAUUUGGGGGUUACAAAA